CCAUGACCGUCCACGCUGGCCCAAUGCGGAUUGGAGGGUAUUAACGACUGCAAAUGCAGCCGGGACCAACGGCUUAACGUGCCUUCUGAAGCACGGAGCAGAUCGAGAUAACAUUUUUUUUGGUCACCCAUCCUGUGACCGACCCUUGCGAAAGUUGCUGAACGACAACGAUCGUGGGCUGCGGCGCUUAUCCACUACGCCACCGAGCUACUUUUUGUACUUUUGUACUAACUUAUUUUUUAUUAUUCAAUUUGACCAUAUUCAACCCAAGAUAAAAUUGUUUAUUUUUUAAUUUCAGAUGUGACAACGCUUGCGAUGGCAGCCACAGACGGCCAAGUAGUAGUGGCAGCCUCCCGUUGGUCUGAUGAGGCCCACUACCUGCGUGAAUUCGCCUCCAAACAUCGCCUGCCAAGCGUCGCCAAGAUCAUCAAAGGCCAAUAUGGCGGUCUUGGCGUACCAACUCUGCCAAGUCCUGGCCUACAAAGCACAGCUCUUCUCAUAUCAGCUGGAAAAAGAAAGAAAAUUAUAGCUCAAGCCAUCAAACUAAAAGAAGGGAGACGAAUGGUUAGCAUAGGACCAAGAAUCGCAAUUCCCGACACUUAUAAAGGCUAUUUCGAACUACUAAGCGAAGAAGGUAGAGCUGUUAGAUGUAUCGAAUCAGUAGCAGAAUUGGCUCGACGAAAAUUAGAUGAUGGCGCCUUAGUUAGAGAAGCUGUUCGUGUUAUCUGCGCUAAAACUGACUUAGAUGGCAAUGUUACCGCCGAUGGGGCGAGAAACCUACCCGCCGGCGAAGUAAUAAUGCCGAGAGAGGAGGUUUUCUUAGGUAAAAGCAAAUAUUUAAAAUGUACUGAUACUAAAGGUGAUACUGUACUGUUGAGUCUUGAUCAGAGAGGAAAGUUUUCAGCUGUUGCCAAAGAAGAGAAUAUUAGCGGUGUGCAUACAGCGAAAACGCUUCUUACAAAGAGGUUGCCUGUUACUGUGAGAUUAGUACACGGAACACCACCAAGAGGACUAAAAAGUUCCAGUCACUUCGUGCCAGAACUAAGACUGCUUUCAAUGUUUGAAGAAGACCACGUAUUUGCGUUGCCAUUACAGAAAGAAGGCAAUGCUUUAAUAGCUUUACCACUAGCUGCCCCCGUUAAAAUGUUAAGAUGCAAAAACGAGGACCAAAUAAAAAACUACAUGGAGUUCUCCAGACUAGUCGAAAAGUGUAAUCGUUUGCUUGUCGACGUUGUUGAUAGAAUACACGUUUUAGACGGAAAACUCGGUGACCCUAAAAGGCUUUUAAACGGUCCUCUUCAUGCGCCACCGUUGAUUAAAACUGGUUACUUCCUUAGACGUAGUGCGUCUUCUGACUCAGCUAAUCAACAUAAGUAUAUUUCUCGACACAGUCACGUUUACAGUAGUCAUAGAGACGAAAACACGAUUCCUGAUGAGUACGACGAAAUCGAUCAAAUAUACGACUAUGUCAGAGGGUUUGCACCUCUUCCCAAGAACAUCAAAGCUUCAUAUACUAAUGAGCCCACCAAACAUGAGUCAGCUCCCUCUUCACCCGCUCCUACGCCAAUUCACAUGCCUUUGAUAACCGAAAUUAAACCAGAACCACCUCCAAUUGAAACUAUACCAACUAAAAAGUCCAUAAAUCAGAAAGCAGAGAAGAGAACGCGCAAGGCGACAUUACCAGUUAAAGAAACACCUGUCACUGUGUAUAAAGAGAAAUGUUCCAUAGCGCCUCCAGCGGUUAACAAUCUUCCUAAGCUGUACAUUAAGAAUAACGUGGUGAAUAACAACAAAGGUAGUAGAAUGGUGUUCAGGCAGAAGAGCAAUUCGCCUACUAAAGAAACUCCUAGUCCGGUUACUAGUCCCGUACGCCCGAUAACCAAAGGCGAUUCUCCGAUAUUCAACAUAAGAUAUAAAAGCCUUUCUAAUAUACACCGAGCUAUGGAACUCGAUGGUACAUUAGAUUCGAGUCACAGCGGUGGUAGAACGUCUGGUGAUUCGAAUAACGGGCCGAAGCUUCCAGAGAAGAGGUCGAGGAAGCUAAGCCGGCCUAAGUCUUUGACCAAUCUUGUGUGGGAACUGAAGGGAUCUCCUGUAGAGUCGGGUGAUAAACCAAAAUGUAGAGUUAAAAAUGAGGGUUAUAAGAAAGUCGGCGCGAAGCUGUCACUGGGCGCACAGAAGAGGGUACCGACGUUAUAUCUUUGAUUUCAAGGUAAGACUUAAAAUUAUUUUCUAUUAUAAAAACUGAUAAAGAAAAAAGAUUUGAUUGUUUACGAUAAUAACGACAUUAAUAAUCUAAAUUUAAACGCUUAUUUAUAUAAAUCUGUUGAUCAAGCCCACCUUAUGUAAGCAAAAUUAAAUAUUAUUCAGUAUAAUUAUUAUUUAUAAAAAUAUAGCACUCUAUGAGGCUGAGACCACACCGCGAUAAUAUGCUGGUCUGAAACUUUUCAAUUUAACACAUGGGCAUUUAUACAAGCGCACGCAUUAUAGCUCAGUUACACUGACCAACGGUAUAGCACGCGGAAUGCGGGUGACCUCUGCGGGCUCAUCUCAUUGAUUAAUGAAAUGAUAACCAACCAAUGAAAGCGCGUCACAUAUAUUACCCGCGCAAACGGUAUAGACUAGUGAAACAGAGCCAUUAGGAACGAAAACCUACAGGGCGAUUCUGUAAAAAUCCGAAACCGAAUUC